UCUUCAGCGAAACCUUGAACGCUCGUUCGAGCUUCUCACAUAUUUGUUUACGCCCUACGCUGUCGUGGUCGAACAAACGAGUGCCAUGAAUUCCACAACUGGCAGUGACGUCGAGAAGUUUGGUUCCAACACCGCCGUAUCUCACGCUGAGGCCCAGUAUGAUGGUUGUCAAGAACAACAACAAUCCAUCGGAGCUGGCCAAAUUGAACAGAAUGGCUUGCAGGCUCAGAAGGACGAGGGCUGCAUGUCCGUGGGUGACGCACUCGCCAUUUGCCAAGCCCUGGGGCUCUCCAGAAGCGAUCUCGUCAACAUGUCGGUGCGGCAGCUGAACCUUCGGGUGCGCACGGCACAUCUCGGUGGCCAGCAGACGCGUGCCCUCAAGCACCUGCGACGCAUGCUCAAGAACCGCGGCUACGCGGCUAUCUGCAGGACACGUAGAGUCGAGCAACGCGGAUACCUGGAAGAACAGAAGGAGACCAUCCGUGCACACAUCGAGGCUUUGGAGGCUGAAAACGACGAGAUAGCCGCGGACAUUGCGCGCGUCCAACGAGACUUUACUGGCCUACUCGCUUGGUGCAUUGAACACCAUAUGCUGACUGCCGAAGAGAUCCAGUCAUUCAAGGGUCUUCAGCAAGCAUCAGAGUAGACAGCACUCCCGGACGGCAACGGCCUUUAGUCUCUGAAGGCCUUUGGUCUUUAGGAAGGCCUUUGACCUUUGGAAUGACCUUUGGUCUUUCUCUUCUUCUCAUCUGUACGUUUGAUUUACUUUAAAGCGAACACCAUGCCAGGGUCUAAGCAGAGCGCACAUUUUAGAGCUGUCGAUGCUUGGAUGACGUGACUUGAGUUUGUGGCCAGAACGAAGCCACGUUUUACUGGUUAUGUAUCACAGUCAUUCGUGCUCUUUGGCAAUGUUGUGCUUACAUAAUUUCUACCUUCGCCGAUUUGCAGCGGUGACUUGGCAAAUGUGCACGUGAUGCAAAGCACUUUCGCCUGAUGAAUACGAUCUUGUACGGCAGUGUUAAUCUUAAAGGACGUGUGUAUAA